ACCCUGCCGUUCCACCAACGAAUAAAAAAAAUUCUCUGCAGAAAAAAAAAGCGCAAGCACGGACGAAAACCGAUCAAAUAAAAGUGAAAAAAGUGGUUCCACUUAACUUUUUUAAUUAUUUUUAAGUCUCAUUCAACACUCCUGGUUCUUUUUUUUUACUUCAGCUACAGUUUUUUAUUUAUUUCACAUCAUGGCUCAUCCAGCACGAGAUCCUAUUAUGGAAGAUGACCAUUUCUCCCUCAAAUUCGGUAACCCUAUUCAACUCAUUCACAACAUCCCCAAGCAUACAUACGAAACUUUUGAACCCACAAAGGAUCACCUCCCUUCUACACUGGCCACCGUACUAAGCACUGGCGAUGCCGCCCCCACCAAAGACCGACCGUCAUCAGCACGAUCGCAGAGUUACCGAGAUUCCACCUCCGUGGCCGAAUUCGUACACAAGGACGGCAGUGUCGCUGAACUGAAACAUGAACAACCUUGAAAUUCUUUCAAGUGAAAGAAGGAUGGCCGCCUGCGCAAAGUGAGGACGACAAAUGAGCGGAAAACCAUAUAUCUUGCAUACUAUACUUCUGUUGCCGUUAUUUUUUGUAUUUUAUUAUAUUUUGGUUACAUGUAUGCAUGUAGCAAAUAAAUCACAAGUUUAAAUCACCGAAAUGGAUACAGUUGGCUGCGGCAGGAAAGCAGAUCCGGGAGGGAGACAUCCUGUUACAGAUGGAAAAG